UCAGGGCAGCUUGAGGUUCCGGGACUAGGCAAGAUGGCGGGGACUAUGUCGGUGGCGUGGAUUCGCGGCCCCGGCUUCGGGUGCAAAGCGGUGUGGUGUGCCUCGGAUCGGUGUUCCGUACGGGAUUUUAUCCACCGAUACUGCCAAAAUCAGGAUGUUCCAGUGGAAUAUUUCUUUGUGAAAUGCAAUGGAACCCUCAUUAGCAUCAAUGAUACGGUGCAGCAUGGAGCUGUUUAUAGUUUGGAACCCCGACUUCGUGGUGGGAAAGGAGGUUUCGGAUCCAUGCUCCGAGCACUUGGUGCUCAGAUUGAGAAGACAACCAAUCGAGAAGCUUGCCGGGAUCUCAGUGGAAGGAGAUUACGCGAUGUCAAUCAUGAAAAAGCAAUGGCUGAAUGGGUAAAGCAGCAAGCUGAGCGGGAGGCUGAAAAGGAGCAAAAGCGCCUGGAGCGGCUACAGCGGAAGCUUGCAGAACCCAAGCACUGCUUUGCUAGCCCUGACUACCAGCAGCAGUGCCACGAGAUGGCUGAGCGGCUGGAGGAUUCCGUCCUUAAAGGUAUGCAAGCUGCUUCCAGCAAGAUGGUAUCAGCAGAAAUCAGUGAGAAUCGGAAGCGGCCUAACAAAUCAAAAACAGACCAAGGAGCCAGUGCAAAGAAAAGGAAAUGCUUUUGGUUGGGCAUGGAAGGACUAGAGACUGCUGAGGGAUCCAGUUCUGAAAGCUCAGAUGAUGACAGAGAAGAAGCACCUAGUACUUCAGGAAUGAACUUCUCCUCUCCAAAAAAUGGCAGGCAUGAUGUUGAGAUGGCGGGCGAAUUGCCCAGCAGUUCUCAGAGGGAGGAAGAAUUGAGUACAGACUCUGGAUUAUCAGAACAAGUACAGAGCCCAGUGACUGACUCUGGGAAGAGUAUUUCAGAAGACUUGGGUGCAGAACUGGGAGAGACAUCUACUAAGGAGCACGAGGGGAGGAAGAUGGUGAGAGAAGCAGAGACCAAGGAGAGAAAGAAAGCAGAGUGUCAAGAACUCAUAGAAAGGGAGGCAGCUGGUGCUGGAUGGAGUAAGGAUAAAGAGAAGAAAGAAAUCACUGAUGGAGAAAUAGUUGACAAGGUAGCUCCUGGAGAGAUCAGGGAAAAUGUCUCCGUUGACAAACUGGAGGAAAAACAGUCAGGAAACACAGUUCUUGGUCAGGAAGCUAUGGAUUUGCUGGCAUUCAGCUCUGCUGCAGAACUGGAGUCAUUGGGUUUGGAAAAACUCAAGAGUGAACUGAUGGCCCUUGGACUGAAGUGUGGGGGGACACUACAGGAACGGGCAGCAAGACUCUUCUCUGUCCGAGGAUUGGCAAAGGAGCAGAUUGACCCAACUUUAUUUGCCAAGCCUUUGAAAGGAAAGAAGAAAUGAAAUUCACCAGAGCUGAGUCCCUGUGUGUAGUCUGCUGGAUAAUCUGCCUAAUGUGGACUUGUAGCCAUUAUUCCCAUCAAUUAAAAGCUAUUUUUAACACCCUAAUCUUAACUGUCCCUCCCUUUUUUUUUUUUUUUUUAAUUACUGCAUUCAUAGAAUUAAGUGUGAAACCAUCUGGGCCUAAAGUUUUCUUCAAGUUUUUUUUUCAAGGGCAAGGGUACUGGGGAUUAGACCCAGGGCAUUUUACCAUUGAGCUGCAUCCCCAACCCUUUUUACUCUUUAUUUUGAGACAGGGUUUUACUCAGUUGCUGAGUCUUGCUCAAACUUGGGAUCCUCCUACCUUAGUCUCCCAAAUUGCUGGGAUUGUAGGCAUGUGGCACUGUGUCCAGCCUAAGGUUUUUUAUAAUAAAUAAUUUGUUAACUACAGAGCUGUUGAGAUUUUGGUUAGGUGAGUUAUAUUCUCAAAGAAUUUAUCCGUGUGGUCCAAGUUGUCAGGUUUGUAGACAAAGUUUUUAUAAUAGUCCUUUCUUUCCUUUUAAUGUCUAUGGGUACUUUGCGAAAACUACUUUUUCAUUCCAAUUCUUGUAAUUUCUUUUUUUGUUGUUGUUAGUUUUUGCACCCAGGACCUGGUGCAUGGUAGGCAAGUACCCUAUCAGUGAGGUACAUCCCAGUCCUGAUACUGGUAAUUUCAGUUCUCCAUUUAUCAAUCCAGCUGUAGGUCUAUUAAUUUUGUUGAUCCGAUUUUCCAGGAACCAGUAUUGGCUUUGUUAGUUUUUCUCAAUUGUUUUUGUUGUCAUUGAUUUCUGCUGUAUAUAGUUCCUCUUAGUUUAGCUUGGGUUUACUUCCUUUUUAGCUUCCUAAGAUAGGUCUUAGGUCAUUGAGUUUUAAUUUUUUUAGUAUAAAUAUUUAAAAGUAAAUUUCCUUUUAAAUGCUACUUUAGUUACAUCUUGACCAUUUUAACAUUUUUAUUAUCAAGUUCUAAAUAUUUUGAUUUCCUCAAGUUCUUUGACCCAUGGAUUAGCUUGAAGUGUGUUGUCUAAUUAGUAAGUGUUUAUUUCCCCCUAAAUAUCUUACUACUGAUUUCUACUUUAAUCCCAUUGAGAUCAGAAAAUAUCCUCUACAGUUUCAAACCUUUUGGUUUUAUCAAUACCUGUUGUAUGACCCAAUAUUUCUUUAAUUCUAUCAAUUUUUGCUUUAUGUUUUACAGUUCUGUUACUGUUUUCCUAAUGUAUUGAAUAAUUUAUCAGCACUCUAUCACUGAGCUUCACCCCAACCCUGUACUAAAUGUUUCAUCAUUGUGAAAUUUCCCUCUUUAUCUGAUAAUACUUUUUGUAUAAAAGGCUACUUUACUUUAUCUAAUGUGUAUGUAGCCUCUCCAGCCUUAUACUUAACUAUUUGAAGUGUACCUCUGUACCUUUUUCUGUUCAUUUACUUACUACCUCUGAGUCUUUCUAUUUAAAGUGGGUUACUUACAGCAUAUACUUGGGGCUUGCAUUUUUUAGUCUUGUCUCUGCCUUUUAAUUAGAAUCUUUACCAUUAAACGUAAUUUCUUUUUUUGCCGGGGAGGCAGGGCAGUAGGGAUUGAACCCAGAGGUGCUCAAUCACUGAGCCACAUCCCCAGACCAUCUUUUUAUUUUUUAUUUUGAGACAGGGUAUCAUUAAGUUGCUUAGGGCCUUGCUAAGUUGCUGAGGCUGGCUUUGAACUUGGAGUACUCCUGCCUCAGCCUCCUGGGCUGCUGGGAUUAUAGGCAUAUGCCACUGUGUCCAGCUCGUGUAAUUAUUGAUACAGUUAGUUCUU